AUGCGACUGGCCUCGCAGGGAGGAGGCAUGCGACUGGCCUCGCAGGGAGAAGGCAUGCGACUGGCCUCGCUGGGAGGAGGCAUGCGACUGGCCUCGCUGGGAGAAGGCAUGCGACUGGCCUCGCAGGGAGGAGGCGUGCGACUGGCCUCGCAGGGAGGAGGCGUGCGACUGGCCUCGCUGGGAGGAGGAGUGCGACUGGCCUCGCUGGGAGGAGGCGUGCGACUGGCCUCGCAGGGAGAAGGCGUGCGACUGGCCUCGCUGGGAGGAGGCUUGCGACUGGCCUCGCUGGGAGGAGGCGUGCGACUGGCCUCGCUGGGAGAAGGCGUGCGACUGGCCUCGCUGGGAGGAGGCGAGCGACUGGCCUCGCUGGGAGGAGGCGUGCGACUGGCCUCGCUGGGAGAAGGCAUGCCACUGGCCUCGCAGGGAGAAGGCAUGAGACUGGCCUCGCUGGGAGGAGGCGUGCGACUGGCCUCGCUGGGAGGAGGAGUGCGACUGGCCUCGCAGGGAGGAGGCGUGCGACUGGCCUCGCUGGGAGAAGGCGUGCGACUGGCCUCGCAGGGAGAAGGCGUGCGACUGGCCUCGCUGGGAGGAGGCGUGCGACUGGCCUCGCAGGGAGGAGGCGUGCGACUGGCCUCGCUGGGAGAAGGCGAGCGACUGGCCUCGCUGGGAGAAGGCGUGCGACUGGCCUCGCUGGGAGGAGGCGUGCGACUGGCCUCGCAGGGAGGAGGCGUGCGACUGGCCUCGCUGGGAGAAGGCAUGCCACUGGCCUCGCAGGGAGAAGGCGUGCGACUGGCCUCGCUGGGAGGAGGCGUGCGACUGGCCUCGCAGGGAGGAGGCGUGCGACUGGCCUCGCUGGGAGAAGGCGUGCUAGCUAGCUGUGGGCUGUCUGUACUCGUAGGGGCGCCCACUUACUUCAGCCAGUGUAAAUCUCCGUGUGGACGCUCUGCUUUCAGCUGA